AUGGGCAGUUACGAAGCCACUAAAGUCCCAUUAAGUGGUGCCCAGCAGAGGAACCUGCUCAUCUCCUUCAAGCAGAAGAAGGCUGCCCUCCUGCCCAGGAAGAAGUCGGGCCCCUACAGGUGGGCGCCUGCGAGCCUCGGCCCCACGUGUGGGCCUCAUGCCCGGCCGCCGCCGCGGCUCGUCCCCUCCAGGCCCGGACGCCGCCGCGGGCCGUGCCGGGCCGGGCGCUCCGGGAGCUGCGCGGCGGCUGCUCGAGGAGGCCUGGCGGGCGGCGGCGAGAGGCUGUGCCCCAGUUUGUGUCCAAUCAGGGAGUGCGGGCUGUGCCCCGAGCCGGGCAGCAAUGCGUAA